AUGCACUCGGCCGAGCCAGCGGGGGCCGCUGCAAACUCGGGGCCGCCGCCCCAUAGCAGCAGCGGCGGCGGCGACGACGGGCGCUUCAGCGUCCUCAGCUGGCAGCAGGUGCAGCGGCUGGACCAGAUCCUGGAGGAGGCUGUGCCCAUCCACGGCCGGGGCAACUUCCCCACGCUGGCCGUGCGGCCGCGCAGGAUCGUGCAGGUGGUCCGCAGCCGUCUAGAAAAGAAGGGGGUUGCUGUCCAUAACGUGAGGCUGAAUGGCUCGGCGGCCAGCCACGUCCUGCAUCACGACAGUGGUCUGGGAUACAAAGAUCUCGAUCUCAUUUUCAGGGUGGACCUGAAAAGCGAGGAUGUCUUCCAGCUGGUGAAAGACGUCGUGAUGGACUGCCUCCUGGACUUCCUCCCAGAAGGGGUAAACAAAGAUAAGAUCACUCCCAUGACUCUGAAAGAGGCCUAUGUGCAGAAGCUGGUGAAAGUGUGCAAUGAAACGGACCGCUGGAGCCUUAUCUCGUUGUCAAACAACAGCGGCAAGAACGUAGAGCUCAAAUUUGUAGACACUCUCCGGCGGCAGUUCGAGUUCAGCGUUGAUUCCUUCCAGAUCAUAUUGGACUCGCUGUUGCUCUUUGGGGAGUGUUCGGAGAACCCGAUGUCUAAGAACUUCCACCCUACGGUCACUGGGGAGAGCAUGUACGGGGACUUCGAAGAGGCAAUGGACCACCUGAAGCACCGAAUCAUUGCCACUAGGAAUCCAGAGGAGAUCAGAGGCGGUGGACUCUUGAAGUACUGCAACCUCCUUGUGAGGGGGUUCAAGGCCAAAUCGGAGGUAGACAUGAAGGCGCUGCAGAGAUACAUGUGCUCCAGGUUUUUUAUAGACUUCCCCGACAUCGGGGAGCAGCAGCGGAAGCUAGAGUCCUACCUACAGAGCCACUUUGUCGGGAUGGAGAGUAAGAGGUACGAUUGCCUGAUGACUCUGCACCGGGUGGUGAACGAGAGUACGGUGUGCCUGAUGGGACACGAGAGGCGGCAGACGCUGAACCUCAUCGCCAUGUUGGCGGUGAGGGUCUUGGCUGAGCAGAACAUAAUCCCGACGGUCACGAACGUGACCUGCUAUUAUCAGCCGGCACCCUACGUCAGCGAGAUAAAUGUCAACUACUAUGUAACCCACAUGCAACCCCUCAUGCCUUGCAGUCACUCCUACCCAACUUGGCUCCCCUGCAACUGAGUUUGGCAAUGCCUCAAUACUCUGGGGAGG